GCCGCGUAAUAGCCGCGCAGUCGUUGUUCGUCGCUCGGUCGUUUAGCCGGUAAUAUUGUUUCUCUCUGUACUCCGUGCGCACGCGCGCUCGCUACAGUUUUCACAUUUUAUUUUCAUUGCUGCGCCCCGCUCGUGUGUCUUUCUUUCUCUGUGUGUGUGUGUGUGUGUGUGUGUGUAUUAUAUUGUGAUCUGUGUACGUUCGCGGGUGUCCGAGUGUUGUUGUAUAUUUUAACGCGCGCGUGUGUGUGCGAUAUCUACGACGACGAUGAAGGUAUUACUACUACAACCGCAUCUGCAGCGGUCGUUGGACACGAAGUCGGCGGAAUGAAACCGAUCACUUUCGAGAACCUCCGGCGACUGAUCGGCGGUCGUCGGAAGAACAAGGAUCGCAGCGAGUCGCCGUUCAAACGGAGCGAAUCGUUCAAACGUAUAUCGAUCCGAAGAAAUUACUUAGAAAAUCGAGGCGGUGGCCUAAAGGGUAGAAAUCCUACCAAAAAGCCUUCUCGAAGAGACGAUGAUCUGCCCGAACCGAUCACGGCUGUCGAAGAUGUCGGCCGGCCGGCCGGUCUGAAUGCCACGUGCCGUGGUGUUCCGGCCGCGGUGGUCGCUCUAGCCACCGGCCACAGUCCGCCAAAUCCUCCGGCAAAAGCCGUGGACUUAUCACCGUCGACGCUGCCACAGCAGCAGCAACCGUCAGCGCCGCUUCCACCGACGUUACCGUUACCGCCGCCACCGAAGCUAUCUCUACCACCACCACCACCACCGUCACCACCGCCGACGCAACCGGCCAUCUGUGCGGAGCAAAAACGACAAUCGGUCGCCCCGGUGCCGCCGCCGCCGCUGCCCAUCGUGGCGGCGCCCGUCAUCGAUUACGGCGAGUGGAUCCGGUGCAUUCGUGCCGAGGAGGACUUGAAUAACCUGAAGCGGUCGAGUUCGCCACCCACACCGCCUGCUCGGUACCGUUACCGCGUUCACAAGGAGCUCGACGACAGCAGCCGCACCGAUUCGGCCAUCAGUCUAGGACGGAUAUGGAUGGACGCACCGAUGUUGCCGCCGGCCGCGCCCAGGAGCCUGGAGCUGCCAGUUCGGCCGGCAGACGCGGAAGGCCAGCACCGGCGGGCGCACCACUCGCUGGAGAGCGCGCUCAAAGACAAGCGUGAUGACCGGCCGAUGCCGAGCAGACGGUUUCACCGGUACCCCGGCGUGGCCAUAGAGGACAUCGCGUGCAAUAAGACCGCGUCGCGGUCUUCCGUCGCGUCCACGUGUUCUGGUAAGGACUCGGGCUUUAGCCUGUCCGCCCCCGGGCUGUCGGAUCCGCCCAGGCCACCCAAGCAAUUAUUCCGCAAAAAGGCGCCCCGGCGACCCGUCACCGCCACCACUACCGCGGCUACUCCGUCGUUUCCGUCCGGUCGCUGCAAAACAGCGGCCGCGUCCCCGGCGCAGCAGGAUCAGCUGUAUCAAGUCGUGGUGGCCAGGUCGUCUCUGCGACAGCUCAAACUGGACCCCAUGAUGUUCGUGCCGCCGGAAAAGAGACGGUCGGCCCAGAAUAACCAUCGUUCCAAGCAACAUCUUCCGAAGCAGCAUCUCCUAAAGGCGCGGCCUGUGGUUGAGAUCCGCGACUACUGCGUACCGAAAGACGCCAGGUUGCAGCUGUCCAACGGCCGUGGUUACGGUGACGACGACGACGACGUGGACUAUGACGACCAGCAAGACAGGCUGUACGAGUCGAUAUCCAAAGGUCGACAACCGCGGUGGCAAGAGUCCACGGACGAUGCGGACACGGAGGACGACGCGGUGCGCCACCGGACAUCCGGUUGGUCGGUCGCCGCUGCCGUUGCAGCUUCCAGAAACAACAGGGUGAAGCGGAAAAAGUCGGCUCGUAGGAACAUCAAAUACGUGGUGAAACCCGUGCGUAGAGCGCCUUCCGCGGCCUCCAGGAAACCCAGCGUGGUCGCAAAGUCCAAGUCUGCCUGGAUAACAAGUGAUAUAACGCAAAAGGGUUAUGAAAAAAAGAAGACGAGGCUUUUAGCUCCUUAUGCUCCUAAGCAGCCCCCUCAAGCUGCUCUCCCUUCGGCUUCGAACACUAAACAGCCGUCUUCUCAGCAAGUUCAACACCACCAGCAUCGCACCAGGCGCACACAAAGACGCGUCACGCAUAAUGAGAAACGAUAUCAUUCAGAAGUGCGACAAGAAGCCGUUCAACAAGCUCUAGCCGCUAUGCAGUCCAGGCCGAAGCCAUCAUUGCCAAUGCCAAGUAAACGCACCUCAGUAAUGGCAAGAAGUCCUGAUCGAUUGGCUGCCACUCAUAACGACAGCGAUUCGAGCUCGGACGACGACAGUGUUGGCGACCAAAUCCCUGACAGAGAAGUCAAAGACCGUGGCAGUGCCGGUCGUGGUGAACGAAGUAGCGGAGCCGACACUAGCAGUACCGGCGGGUCGGCCAGAGACACCCCGCCUCAUUCCAAGACCACCGCUCACGCAUCACAACAACCACCACAGUCGAUGCAGCAACAAUUACAACAGCAACAACAUCGGCAUCAUCACCACCAUCAUCACACAAAGAUUCCUAACGGUGCGCCCGGUGGUGGAGUUUCUGGAAACAAUGGCCCCAGUUACUGGGAAGAGUCAAGAACGAUUAUCGAACCUCCUCCCAAGGAGCCAGAAAAAAUCAAACGCAACAAGCCCGAAGUGACUGAAGUGGCUGACAUAUUGCACAACGUUCGACCUCCUUACCCUCAACCACCGGACGUGACAAAUAACGUUACGCAGUCCAGGAGAUACACUCCUGCCGAUCGUGUUAAUCGGUACAGUAGAGAUUCCAGACAGUCGUCCAGCGAUGAUGGAAUGGGCACAGUAUCCAGCAGCGGUCGUUGGAAAGUAUCGGCUAAGAUACAACAGUUGUUGAACACUCUAAAACGGCCGAAACGGCGACCAUUGCCUGAAUUCUACGAAGACGAUGAUGUAGAACUUGAGAUAGCAGCUAAUCCUAAAGAUCCCAACGCACCCCGACCCGAGGGCGCGUUCAUGUCUCCGGCAUUGGGUGAACCAUUAUCCGUACCAUCGGGGCUUCCGCGUAAUUUGGAAGCCGCACUGCAACGUUACGGUUCGAGUACUUUUAAAGCACCCGUUGCUACAGUAUUGGAUCCAAAUGGAAAAUUAAGCAUAACACUUACUUACGGUAAGCUCCUUAGCAGAUCUCACAAAGUAGCCUAUACGCUCCUAAACCGUCCACUAGUCAAAGGUAAUGGUGGUGGAGAGUGCUUGAAGCAUGGUGACCGUGUGGCUCUAGUCUAUCCAAAUAGCGACCCGCUAAACUUUCUUUGUUCUUUCUAUGGAUGCAUUUUUGCGGGCAUUGUUCCUGUGCCCAUUGAAGUGCCAUUAACUCGCCGGGAUGCAGGGUCGCAGCAAAUAGGAUUUCUACUUGGUAGCUGUGGCGUCCAAGUAGCCCUGACUUCGGAAGUCUGCUUAAAAGGUUUACCGAAAACAGCUACUGGCGAGGUCGUAGCGUUUAAGGGCUGGCCAAAACUGCACUGGUUUGUUACCGAACAUCUACCCAAGACUCCAAAAGACUGGUGUCCACCACCUCACAUCGGUGAAGACACUCCUUCUUACAUAGAAUAUACAACUGAUAAAGACGGUUCUGUGAUGGGUGUUAGCGUUAGUCGCACAGCCAUGUUAAACCAGUGUCGCGCUUUGACUCAAGCUUGUAACUAUACAGAGGGUGACACCAUGGUAUGCGUUCUCGAUUUCAAACGUGAGACUGGCCUAUGGCAUUCAGUUUUAACGUCUAUUUUAAAUGGGAUGCAUGUCAUAUAUAUUCCAUACGCUUUGAUGAAAGUCAACCCAGCGUCAUGGAUGCAAAUGAUAACUAAAUAUCGAGCAAGUGUAGCAGUUGUCAAGUCUCGAGACUUGCAUUGGGGUCUCUUAGCGACUAAAGAUCAUAAAGAAAUCAUACUCAGUUCAUUAAGAUUACUUUUGGUCGGAGACGGAGCCAACCCGUGGUCUCUGUCGUCUUGCGAUCAAUUCUUAGCCGUUUUCCAAUCCAAAGGAUUACGGCCAGAUGCUUUAUGUCCAUGUGCUUCGUCUAGUGAAUGUCUAACAGUUUCCGUUCGGAGACCUGGCCGAGCCGGGGUAAAUGCGACUGGACGUGGUGUCUUGUCGAUGUCCGGCUUAAGUUAUGGUGUUGUACGUGUGGACCAAGAAAACUCUCUUACUUCAUUAACUCUUCAAGACUGCGGCCAAGUUAUGCCAAAUUGUUCUAUGGUAGUGGUUAAAAUGGACGGCAUACCUUACAUGUGCAAAACUGACGAGGUCGGAGAAAUCUGUAUGGGUGGUCUCGGCACGACUACCUGUAAUUAUUGGGGUCUCCCCGGUCUAUCGAAUGCAACAUUCCGAGUCGCACCUAUUGGAGAAGAUGGCAAACCCACAAAUGAUACGAUCGAGUACACAAGGUCUGGGCUUCUUGGAUUCCUCGGACCGGGAGGGCUAGUAUUCGUGUGUGGGUCCCGAGACGGUCUCAUGACCGUCACUGGACGUAAACAUAACGCUGACGACAUAAUUGCCACAGUCUUAGCCGUGGAACCUAUGAAAUUCAUAUACAGAGGAAGAAUUGCUGUGUUCGCCAUACGAGUUCUUCGAGACGAGCGCAUAUGUGUGAUUGCUGAACAGCGACCUGAAUGCAGCGAAGAAGAAAGCUUUCAGUGGAUGUCCAGGGUCCUUCAAGCAGUAGAUUCCAUUCACCAAGUUGGGCUAUACUGCUUAGCCUUGGUGCCGCCCAAUUAUCUUCCCAAAACACCGUUGGGUGGAAUUCACUUGUCCGAGUGCAAAAGAAGAUUUUUAGAUGGAAACCUGCACCCAGCUAAUGUACUGAUGUGUCCUCAUACCUGCGUUACCAAUUUGCCAAAACCACGAGAAGUGCAUUCAGACGUGGGACCGGCUUCAGUCAUGGUUGGAACCAUAGUGCAAGGCAAUCGCUUAGCAACUGCACAAGGACGAGAUAUUGGUAUCAUCGAUAUGGAAUCAGAUUCAAAUAAGACCUAUCUUUUCAUAUCAGAAAUAUUGAAAAUGCGAGCUAUCCGAGACCCAGACCAUGUUAUAUUUACAUUGGUGAAUGCAAAAGGUGGUGCAGCAGCCACAUUAACUUGUUCGCAAUUACAUAAGCGAGCAGAGAAAGUUUCUAACUUGUUAAAUGAACGAGCUAAAGUAAACACUGGUGAUCAUGUUGCACUCAUCUUUCCUCCAGGAAUUGAUCUCAUAUGUGCAUUUUAUGGGUGUUUGUAUGUUGGUGCUGUACCUGUUACAAUACGACCUCCUCAUCCACAAAAUCUUCAAACUACUCUACCAACGGUGCGAAUGAUUGUAGAUGUAAGCAAAUCUACUUUAGUCUUAUCCAGUCAAAAUGUCAUAAAACUUCUUAAAUCUAAAGAAGCUAGCAACGUAGUUGAUGUGAAAUCGUGGCCAACAAUCUUGGACACUGAUGAUAUGCCAAAAAAAAAAAUUGUACCCACUUACCGAGCACCUACUGCAGAACUUCUUGCUUACUUAGACUUCAGUGUUUCUACUACUGGGAUGUUAGCUGGCAUAAAAAUGUCUCAUGCGGCUGUCACAUCGUUAUGCAGAUCUAUGAAACUAGCUUGUGAACUUUAUCCGUCUAGACAUAUUGCAUUAUGCUUAGAUCCUUAUUGCGGUUUAGGCUUUGCUUUGUGGUGUUUAAGCAGUGUAUAUUCUGGUCAUCAUUCAAUUCUUAUACCUCCAUCGGAAAUUGAAAUUAACCCAGGCUUAUGGCUAACGGCUGUCAGUCAAUACCAAGUACGAGACACGUUUUGCUCUUACGGUGUCAUGGAAUUAUGCACCAAAGGUUUGGCUUCGUCUGUAGGGCUUUUAAAACAACGAGGUGUCAAUUUAGCAUGUGUACGGACAUGUGUUGUGGUUGCCGAAGAAAGACCUAGAAUAAAUCUAACAACAUCAUUCUCAAAACUAUUCUCUGCUCUUGGACUCAGUCCACGAGCUGUGUCUACCAGCUUUGGAUGCCGUGUAAAUGUAGCCAUAUGUCUGCAGGGAGCAUCUAGUCCAGAACCGUCUUGUGUGUAUGUAGACUUACGAGCUUUAAGAAAUGAUCGAGUGUCUCUAGUCGAACGUGGUAGUCCGCAUUCAUUAUGUUUGCUCGAGUCUGGAAAAUUAUUACCAGGAGUUAAAGUUAUUAUUGCCCAUCCGGAUACUAAAGGACAUUGUGGUGAUUCGCAUCUUGGUGAAAUUUGGGUACAAGCACCGCAUAACGCUAGUGGAUACUACAGCGUAUUUGGCAAUGAAAUAUCAGAUGGCGGUAAUGGAUCAGAACAGUUUAAUGCGCGAUUAGUUACUGGAAGCACCGGUGAAGUUUAUGCUAGAACCGGAUAUCUGGGAUUUUUAAGACGCACGGAAUCGACAUCAACUCCAUCAAGUGUAGCAUUACAUUCAACAGAUACCAUUGAUAUAAUGUCUCUCAGUGAUUUAUCCCUUGCAUCAUCUAACCAGUCCACUCUAAGUAGCAAUGCAGCAGUUCCUGUUGAUAUGCCAGAACUUCAUGAUGCUGUUUUUGUGGUUGGUGCACUGGAUGAAACAAUUAUCCUACGAGGCAUGCGCUACCAUCCUAUUGAUAUUGAAAACAGUGUUAUGCGAUGUCAUCGUAAGAUUGCAGAAUGUGCUGUAUUUGCUUGGACUAAUCUUCUAGUAGUCGUGGUUGAACUGGAUGGUAAUGAAAGUGAAGCGCUUGAUUUGGUACCAUUAGUAACCAAUGUGGUACUUGAAGAACAUCAUUUGAUAGUUGGCGUUGCCGUGGUUGUUGAUCCUGGUGUGGUGCCAAUCAAUUCUCGCGGUGAAAAGCAACGUAUGCAUCUUCGUGACGGCUUCUUGGCCGACCAAUUGGACCCUAUUUAUGUAGCAUACAACAUGUAAUUUUCAUAUUUAAUGGGUCUAAUAUUUUGUUAUUAGAUAAAUUUAUAGUUGUGAUAUACAAUAUUAUUAUU